AACAUCUGUGAAAGAGAGAGAGAGAGGAAGAGGAGAAGAGGAAGAGGAGAGAGAGGGCGCUCGGCAGAUGGUGACACUGCAGCAGCCCUUCUCCAGUAUGGAGGAGACAGUCAGGACCAUACUCCAGAACCAGGACUCUAUGGAAGGGCCUAAAGUCGACCCCCUGGACCUCAUGAAGGCCUACAAGGACAAGCUACUGGAGGAGAUGUGGAAGCAGCAGGACAGUCUAGAGUCGGUCUCCGUCGCCACAGAGACGUCGGCCCCUGUCGCCACGGAGACAGCGGCAUCCGAGGAGACGCACAGCGGAUCUGAGGAGGACAGCAAGGACAGCAACCCCCUGUUAGAGCGGCUCAGGGCUCUGGAGGCAGAAAACUCAGCUCUGUCCAUUGAGAAUGACAACCAAAGGAAGCAGUACGAGCGCUGCCUCGACGAGGUGGCGAACCAGGUGGUCCAGGCUCUGCUCACUCAGAAGGACCUGAAGGAGGAGUGUGUGAAGCUGAGGACUCGUGUGUUUGACCUGGAGCAGCAGAAUCGAAUCCUGAGCGUUCUCUUCCAGCAGAGAGUCAAGAUGGCCGCCGCGCCGCACUCCCAGGACCUGCAGAGGAACGGUAAAGCCAGUGUCCCGAUGGGGCGCUGGCCCAGUCUGCUCAGCCUCACCUGUCCCAGGAGCAGUGGCAGUGACCAGUCCCUGUCCAGCGGCUGCAGCGAGUACUCAUCAGGAUCACACACCUGGGCAGAGGGGCGGGGCUUAUCCAAACAGUGCGGAGGUGGGCGGGACAAGCGUCUGAGCAGUGGAUCCUUCUCCAGUAACCACUCCGCCCCCAUUGAACCAACAGAGCUCGGCUGGAAAGAGGGUCACAUCCUGAAAGGACUGAAACGUCUUCAAAUGUGUCCCAGAGAGGCUUCCUUACAUCCCCCCUCGACGCACUGCAACGACUGUAUGACGUCGAAUGAAGGGAUCUACUCUUUUGGGAUGAAGAGCGGGCAGAAAGUUAGCGCUACCAAGCAAGUGACGCCUGCUAGCAAGACUAAUAAAGAAGUCAUUGAGGAUGUAGCGGUUAACGUGGCUAAUAGUGAGGCUAGCGAGCAACCAGCUAAAGAGCUACUAAGCUUGGAUAAAUUUGGUGAUUCAAAAGCAGCUGGAAAUACUGGUCUUUUGCUGUCUCCAGUAGUAUGA